CUAUCUUCUAAUUAGUUUACAACCUCGACGAUUACAUAACCAUAGCCUGAGGUUGAUCCGAAAAUGAUCGACUAAAUAUGUUGAAUCCUUGCAAUCGAACUUGGUCAUGCUCGUGCGGGCCAUUGAAUUUUAUAGUGGUAUAGGUGGCCUGCAUCUCGCACUUCGCCAAAGCCGUGUGGCGAGUUCCCCUGUAAAAGCGUUCGACUGGGAUCAAACUGCAUGUCAGGUAUAUGCAGCUAACUAUGGCCCCAAAAUAAUCUCUAGGACAGACAUAUCAACGCUCACUGCGAUAGAUCUUUUACAUCUGCAUGCUGACGUCUGGCUCCUAUCUCCGUCGUGCCAACCUUACACCGUCUUGAAUCCUUCUGCUAGAGGAGAAGCAGACCCUAGAGCAAAGUCGUUUCUUCAUCUCAUUGAUCACGUUUUGCCGGACCUCGCUGCACAGGAUUCACAGCCUCGCUACAUGCUCAUCGAGAAUGUAGCGGGCUUCCAAGACUCGACGACAAGGAGGCGCUUAGUCGAUACCCUCCAACGGCUCGGCUAUGUUGUUGCUGAAUUUCUUCUGACUCCUGUACAGUUUGGUAUCCCAAAUUCGAGACUGAGAUACUAUCUUCUCGCGAAAUUAUCCCCCCUCCGGUUCUCUGGUCUUCAUCAUGAUGAAUAUCCCUUCGAUCGAGUUCACGAGAGGAUACCAGGAACUGCAUCAGGCAUCCCUGUGCACCCACUACGUGAAUAUUUGGACCCUUCGCAUGAGGAUGGUAAUUAUCUGCGGCACAACAUCCCCGAUCGAGUACUUGUAAAGUGGGGUCGUUUGUUCGACAUCGUACUGCCAUCUGGUCGACGGACCUGUUGUUUCACGAGGGGUUAUACACGACUUGUUGAGCGUGCAGGUUCCAUACUUCAGGUGAAUGAGGAUCUUGACACCACCGAGGUCUUCGACAAGUUUCUUGAAGCUCGAUCGCGGGGAGAUGAAGACGCCGUUCGCAUCCUAGAUCAGUUACACCUUCGGUACUUUACACCCAGCGAACUCUUGAAGAUCUUUCGAUUUGAGGAACUGGAGUACAAUCAACAGUUUCUGUGGCCACCCACCGUAUCUUUAAAAUCACAGUACCGGCUCAUCGGCAAUAGCAUCAAUGUGGAAGUCGUACGGCACCUGAUCAAUUAUCUUUUUGAUGGCGAAGAACAUACAACGUGAUUCUGAACAUCUCUUGCUCCUUGCGUUCCCUUGCAAUUUGAUAGCAGCAAUAUUGGUUGCAGUUGCAUGGAGUUUAUUCUGUGUGACUCGUUUGAAUCGUUAGUAAAUACAGAUUACCGUGAGGGAUUUGGGGCGCCAUGGACGCGGCGCCAGGUUUCGCCGCUCACUAAGUUGAAAUUACGCAC